UCGAUAAUGGGCAACCCCAAAUCAUAGAAAAACGGGAAGUAGAAUAAAAUAGACUGAACCAGCAAAGCCAUGACAUCGGUUCCUCGCCCGCCAAGACUAUUGAAAGGUCGUUUAUAACCCGUUCAGCAACAAGUAUGUGUCACCGCACCACAAAGCCCUCAAAACAUCCAAUAUUUUUCUCUCUUUGCAGUAAUCGCCGGUUAGUGAUGAAGCAAACUGAGCUUGUCUUCAUCCCAUCUCCUGGGAUCGGCCACCUUGCGGCCACAGUGGAGAUUGCAAAGCUGAUGACUCACCGAGACCGCCGAUUGUCAAUCACAAUCUUGAUUAUGAAGUUUCCGUUUGGGUCCAAUGAUAGUAUGACCUCCGACUCUGAUUCCAUACGUUUCCUCACACUUCCUCCUGUAGAGGUCAGCCCUGGAACUACAGGGAUCACUGAAUUCCUCAAACCUCAGAUACCACUCGUCAGAGACGCCGUCCACGAGAUCACUCGCUCCAACUCCGUUCGGCUCGGUGGGUUCGUUAUUGAUAUGUUCUGCACCUCCAUGAUUGAUGUGGCCGAUGAGUUUGAGGUGCCUUCAUAUCUCUUCUUCACUUCUAGCGCCGCUUUUCUUGGCUUCAUGUUCCAUCUUCAGUUCCUCCAUGAUAAUGAGGGCUUGGAUUUCAAUGAGUUCAAGGACUCGGAUGCUGAGCUGGAGGUUCCGAGUUAUGCCAACCCGGUUCCAGGAAAGGUCUUCCCUUCUUUGAUGUUUGGCAAGGAAGGCGGUGGGGCUGAGAAGUUUCUGUAUCACACAAGGAGGUUCAGACAAGUCAAGGGUAUUAUGGUAAAUACACUUGUUGAGCUCGAGUCACAUGCUAUUCAAUCAUUUUCUGGCAGUACAAUACCCCCGGUCUACCCCGUUGGACCAGUACUUAAGACGCAAGGGGGAUCUGUUAGGGGUCAACAAGAUGCCAGUGCCAUCAUGAGCUGGCUUGAUGAUCAGCCUCCAUCAUCAGUGGUAUUCCUGUGCUUCGGGAGCAUGGGAGGCUUUGGUGGGGAUCAGGUCAAAGAGAUAGCACAUGGGCUAGAACGCAGCGGGCAUCGCUUCCUGUGGUCCCUUCGUCAACCCUCGUCAAACGGUAAAAUAGAAUCUCGAAGCAAUUAUGCAAAUGUGGAGGAAGUUCUACCAAAAGGGUUCUUACACCGGACAGCCAGGAUUGGAAAGGUGAUUGGAUGGGCUCCACAAGUAGCUAUUUUGGCCCACUCAGCGGUUGGAGGAUUUGUAUCUCAUUGUGGAUGGAAUUCUACCCUAGAAAGCAUAUAUUAUGGUGUUCCUGUAGCCACAUGGCCGAUGUUUGCCGAACAACAAAUCAAUGCGUUUCAAAUGGUGAAAGAUUUGGGAUUAGCAGUAGAAAUUAAAAUGGAUUAUAAUAAGGAUAGUAGUUAUGUUGUAAGUGCUCAGGAGAUUGAAAUUGGAUUAAAAAAUCUAAUGAAUAUUGACAAUGAAGUAAGGAAGAAGAGGGAAGAAAUGAAAAAGAUUAGUGGAAAAGUGAUGAUAGAGGGUGGAUCCUCGCACUUUUCCUUGGGUCAUUUUAUUGAAGACAUGAUGGCCAACAUUCCAUGUAAGCAACAAAGCGAUAUAUAAUGUAAUGAAUAUCGAGGUGAAUAAAACUAUCGAGAAUUGAACCUUGAAUCGCUA